UCUCCUGUUGGCCCCAUGGCAUCUUUGCAGCCUGAAGAACCGCUUCAGGACUUGCUCUCCGUCUCUUUGCUGGACCUGGAGGGCACCCCCUCUGCCUUCCGCAGCCGCUCUGCCAGCGUGAGUAGCACGGGCUCCGGCGGGCGGCUGCAGCUGCGGCAGCGAGUGGCACAGCUCAUGGCUUGCGUGGAGGACGUCAGCUCCGAUGACGAGAUCCACGAGGAAGUCUCACGCACCAUCGACGAGGCUUUUCUGAUCUGUGGGAAGAUGCAGAAGCAGAAGCUUCAAGGGAUCAGGUUGCACUUGGUGACUUGGAACGUGGGCACAGCUUCUCCCCCUCCUGAUGUCACCUCUUUGCUGCAGCUCAACUUGCAAGACCGGGAAAUGGACAUGUAUGUCAUUGGUUUACAGGAGGUGAACUCCAAGAUCGUGAAUUUCCUGUCCGACAUGGCCUUUGAUGAUCCGUGGAGUAUUUUCUUCAUGAAUGUUCUUUCUCCUCUAAGCUAUGUCAAGAUAUCUUCCAUACGCAUGCAGGGCCUCCUCCUCCUGGUCUUUGCAAAGCAGCCUCACGUCCCCUUCAUACGGGACAUUCAAAGCCAGUACACUCGCACGGGUCUCUACGGAUAUUGGGGAAACAAGGGGGGCGUCACCACUCGCAUGUCUGUUUAUGGACAUACCGUCUGUUUCCUGAACUGCCACCUGCCAGCCCACAUGGAGAAUGCAGGGCAGCGGCUGGAUGACUUUGAGCGUAUCUUGGAGAUGCAGCAGUUUGAAGGCGAAAAGAUUCCCAACGUCCUGGAUCACGACAUUCUCUUCUGGUUUGGCGACUUGAACUUCCGGAUUGAAGAUUACGGCCUGCAUUUCAUUCGAGAAUCAAUCAAUAACAGCCGAUUCAGUCUUUUGUGGGAAAAGGACCAGCUUAACAUGGCUAAGAAGAAGGAACCCAUUCUUCAAGAAUUCAUGGAGGGGCCCCUGAAGUUCAAACCCACCUACAAGUUUGACCUGUACUCAAAUGACUAUGACACCAGGGGGCAGAAGACGCUCUUUUGGUUUAAUGGGAAGAAGCGGAAGCCUGCGUGGACGGAUCGGAUCCUCUGGAGGGUGAAGCACCUUUUGCAGUUGGCCUCGGAGGCAGGAGAGAUGCCAGAAGAGGAGGCCAUUUCUGUGUCCCUGCACAGCUACAUCAGCCACAUGAGUUACGGCAUCAGCGACCACAAACCUGUCACCGGGACCUUUGAACUUGAGAUGAAGCCUCUGCCACCUGUCCCACUGGUCAGGCUGCAUCCUGUGGGCAACUGGGAUGCUGAGCAAGAUGCCACCGUCCGCUACUCCACAGCUCCUGAAUUUCCAAGCAGUGCCUGGGACUGGAUUGGUCUCUACAAGGUGACCUUCAGGCAUGCAAAUGACUACGUGAUGUAUGCCUGGGUGCAGGACAACGAGAUUUCCUCUGAGGAGGAUGCAAAGCAGGUCUAUCUCAGUGCUGAGGAGCUUCCAGCAACAGGAGGAGAGUUUCUCCUGGGUUAUUACAGCAACACAAUGCAAUCCCUGGUUGGCAUCAGUCAGCCCUUUCAGAUUCAGCCAAGGAGAAUGUUAGCUGAGAAAGACCUGGCCUGGGAUGGAGUCAGCAGGAUGCAGGAGCAGCUUUGUGAUGAGAAACCACCGUGUGACUUUUGAACUGUGCCACGUGCCCCUGCAGCGGGGUCUGUGAGGAGGGAACCUCCUUCCUCUGCCUUAGAAACAGGCCUCUCUCUGAAGAAGCCUAGAAACGCAGCUGGGCAUAUGAGUCUGAGCAGCCCAGAGCAGCAUCAUUUCCUAGGGAAUAAAUAGUUCUAUUGCUGUCCCAGGAAGCUGGAACAAGGCUGUGCCUACCUUCAGCAACUAAAGAACCGCGACUAAUUGUAGUUCUUUCCCAAGAGGAUCCACCUUCCAGUGGCCUAGCACAGGGCAGGGGGCACUUAUUCCUGCUGCUUCCUUUUCCUAGGGGUUAUUUUAGGAACCAGGCAAUACACUGCAAUAUUAAGUAGUCAAUGGUUGGUCUGCUUUUUAAAAACCAGCAUUCCAGGAUUCAGCUCCGUGUUUUUAUGAAAUGCACUUAGAAUUUACUCGGGAGCUGAAAUACACUUUCUAUCGUAGAGGAAGAGACUGUGCAGUCAGUUGUGACAUUUUGGUUGGUUGGAAAUGAGUGGUCAUGACAGAGCAGUGAAGGGGGGGGGGACUUGAGCAGCUCAUGGCUUCUGUUAUCUUGACUUCCAGCUGCCCCACUUCCUGUGGUAGUUUUGAUCUCCAAGAGUUCAGUGCUUGAAAUUCUGGAGGUAAAUCUACAUCCAUCCAACCAUCCAUCCAGCUGACUUUUGCUUGGAAUGUGGGAGUUCUUGAUGGCCUGUCGCAUUAAAAAACAAAACCUCAGCCAUGCUGGCGAUUCCACCUGGGGUUAUUUUGAGCUGUACAACAGGGGAAGCCAAUGUGGUGCCGUCCAGAUGAUGUUGGUCCCCCAACUCCCAUCAGCCACAGCCAGCAUGGCCAAAGGUCAGGAAAGAACAGGGGCAGGUGUUAUCUCCCCCUCCCCCUUCUGGAGCAAGCUCCACAGUAACGCAGCCUUGCUGGCACCUUCCUGGGGCCAGUCCUCAUCUGGAUGCAUUUCCUGCACUUUUGCACAAUUUCUGUGGAACUGGCCUGUCUCCUUCAGCCCAUGUUUCUGCAGUUUCUGGCUCUACUCAGCACUGAAGGCCCCUGUCGGGAUGGGCUGCUGUGCUGCACUCUCUGCGGCCCACAUGCUCAUAAAGCAAGGCCGGCUAGUUCCCUUCUGCAUGCAAGUGAUGUGGAGGCUGCUGUUGGCAGCAUGUUGUGUGUGGAUAUGACUUGGCUGCUGCAGGGAUUCCCUUUACUUUUCUGCUCAUGCCAAUCCUUUGCACUCACGAGGGAGCGAGAAAAAUAUGGAUGCAGCUGCCCUCUGGGCACUUGUCAGCUGCUCCUGUGACUAAAAGGUUUUCCAUGGAGAAAAGGUGCCAAACUGCCAAGAGAAUAGGAGAAACUUGGGCUGAGAGCCAGUG